AUGCUCUUCCGUCUAGCCCUCGUCCUGGUGGCGAGCGCCUCUGUAUCGUCGCUGUCUACUGGAGAGUACACCGUGGACGACAUCGUCCAACGGUACCGCAACCUCACACGGGCCAGCAGAGAAGUGUCGCUGUUUGCUGAGCAGCCGCAGUACGACACGUCGUGUGUGAAAGCAGCCAUCAUGCCGAUCCUGUCGAAGUGUCUCAAGACGCCGUUGAACGAGAUCGACCCGAAGAUCAGGGCAAUGACAGCGGCGAAGCUGUCCGUGUGCGAGUUCGAGGUUGCCAAUGUUGAGUAUCCGCUUGAGUGCCGCUCCGCAGGCAGAGACCGCUCCACAGGCAGGGACCGCUCCACUGGGGAGGCCCCCAGUGAGGCCUCCGUGGAGUACGCAGCCUGUGUCACGGCGCUGGAGACCAAGAGCCAGUGGUGGACAACCUACAGCGGGUAUUACAGGUCCAUUGGCGAGAUCUGCCAUCAGCAGAGCCUGCCCUACGAGAAGGACGAGAUAUGGUCGGUGUUCCUGGGCGUGACUUCCUACUACGCCCAGGUGUUUGACAGCUUGCACGAGUGUGUCGAUGAGUCCAGCAGGCUGAAAAGGGAGAGCGAGCAGUCCUUCGCCAGGCUGAAGCGGCUCAUGGCUCAGAUUGAAAAGGAAGCUGGCGAGUCGAAGCGCCAGCUACAGACGAUGUGGAGCCACGUCACGUCGCAGAUGUCCAAGCUGGGUGAGAUGAGUGCCAACGCCACGGCGUUGGCCAGGCAGAGCAGCGAGGCCGUCGAGUCCAACCUCGUGGCCUUGUUCGAAGGCAUCGACCUGGAGUUCUCGCAGCAGCUGGACUUCCUCAGGCUCAGGUUCGUCACUGACCUGGAGGAGCGUGACAUGUUGAUGGCACAGUCUCUGGAAGGAACGAGCAAUGGGCUUCAGCGUCUCUACACGCAGCUGCUGCGGACCGUGGACGUGCACAGGGAACUCGAUGCCAGCCUGGAGGGCGCAUCAAGGUCUGCGCACCACCUGAACAGCUCUCUGAGCAAGAUGGAUCACCACGUUGAUGAUCUAGCAGCUGGCAUGGUUGAGGCAAAGGAGCUCAUGGUGGACAUCACCGAUCUCUUGGAGACCAGCCCGGUGCUCAGGGCUGUUCUAUACCUCUCAUCAGGGCUCACAACGUCGUUACGAGGCUCUCUGGCCUUCCUCGCCAUGACAUCACUCGCCUUCCUGUUGCUCGUGAUGUUGAGCCUGAGGGUAAACGUCCUCAAGUACAUCGGCAUCCUGGUGCUCAGUGGCGUGCUCGGGCUCAUCAUCGUCACCGUUGAGCAGGCUGCACGGUUGUAA